UUAAUGGCCUUCCGCAUGUUACAGACGAUGAUUUUUGCAAUAGAGGAAAUAAACAAGGAUGAGGAACUCCUCCCGAACAUCACACUGGGCUACAGGAUUCACGACGACUGCGACUCCCCCGAGGUUGCAACGAAAGUUGCACUGGCUCUGGUGAAUGGUCAGGAGGAAACGUACGUGGAUAAAGUGUGUGACGGGCCUCUCAAUAUCACGGGGAUCGUUGGUGCGGCUGGGUCCUCGGUGUCCAUCGCCGUUGCAAGAACAAUCGGACCUUUUAAAAUACCACUGGUCAGCUACUUUUCCACGUGUGUGUGUCUCAGCGAUAAGAACGAAUAUCCAACUUUUCAUCGAACAAUCCCAAGUGACGUCCAUCAGUCCAAGGUUUUGGUGCAUCUCGUUCAGAAGUUUGGAUGGACUUGGAUUGGAACCAUUAACAGUAACGAUGACUAUGGCAACUCGGGGAUGAGAGCGUUUGUAGAAGCUGCUGAGGAUUUCGGUCUUUGCAUUGCCUUCUCGGAAUCAUUUCACAGAACGGAUCCCGCAGAGAAGAUCAGCAGGAUUGUGCAAGUGAUGAAAGCGGCGACCACAAAGGUCGUGGUGGCCUUUGCUGGACCUGGGGAAAUGCGCAUUUUAUUUGAGGAGGUUCUACAGCAAAACCUAGGCGGCGUACAGUGGGUGGGCACUGAGGCGUGGAUUACAGCGGACAUUGUUGGUGUAGAUAGAGGCCGGCGAUUGCUUACUGGGGCAAUCGGAACUGCGGUGCGUACGGUGGAAGUUCCAGGGGUGCGGGAUUUCCUUCUCACAGUCCAUCCUUCGACCUAUCCCGGUAAUCCUUUAGUGAGGGAGUUCUGGGAAACCACCUUCAGGUGUACUCUAAGUUUAGAAAACGUGACAAACGAAAUCAGUUCAGUUACGCGGCUCCCGCAGUGUAGCGGAAAUGAAAGUUUGCAUCAAAUCAACAACGUCUACACCGACCUGACCAUGGACGGGAGUUCUUACAUUGUAUAUAAAGCAGUCUAUGCUUUUGCUCAUGCACUUCACGACAUGUUUUCAUGUGAAAAAGGCAAAGGGCCAUUCCUGAACAACACAUGCGCACAUCUUUCUACCUUUCAACCGUGGCAGCUUCUCCAUUACAUGAAGUCACUUUACUUCACAACAAAAGCCGGGGAGAAGGUGCAUCUUGAUGAGAAAGGCAAUCCAACAGCCGCGUAUGACUUUGUCAACUGGCAAAUGAAUGCAAACGGUAGCCUUGAAGUUAGGAUAGUUGGAUAUUACAAUGGAUCAGCAUCUCCGGGUAAAGAACUUGUGCUGAACCCAACCCACAUUGUCUGGAGCAGUGGUAAGCGUGAGACUCCCCGUGCAGUCUGCUCUGAAAGCUGUCCCCCUGGAACAAGAAAAACGGCCAGGAAAGGACAGCCAAUCUGUUGUUUUGACUGCAUUGCCUGUGCGGAUGGAGAAGUCAGUAACGCUACAGACUCCACAGACUGCAUCAAGUGUCCUCCCCUGUUCUGGUCCAAUCACCGCAGAGAUCAAUGCAUCCCGAAGAAUAUCGAGUAUCUGGCUUUUACCGAAAUCCUGGGCAUUGUGUUAGUGGUUCUUGCUCUGGUUGGAGUGUGUUUGUCUGCACUUACAGCGGGUCUUUUUUUUAGAUAUCGAGAGACACCUCUGGUUAAAGCUAACAAUUCCGAGCUGAGCUUCCUUCUUCUAUUUGCAUUAAGCUGCUGUUUCUUGUGCUCGGUCACAUUCAUUGGGGCACCUUCAGACUGGUCUUGUAUGUUACGCCGCACAGCGUUUGGUGUCUCGUUUGUCCUGUGUAUGUCUUGUGUUCUGGUCAAAACCAUUCUGGUGCUGAUGGCAUUUAAGGCAACGCAUCCCAGCAAUAACUGGAUGAAAUGGUUUGGUCAAAGACAGCAGAGGAUCAGUGUUUUCCUCCUAGCAUCCGUCCAGGGUUUAACAUGUGUCCUUUGGCUGAUCAUUGCUCCACCAUUUCCCGUGAUAAACACCAAAUAUUACCGGGAGAUGAUAAUUUUAGAAUGUGAUACAGGAUCUUCUGCAGCCUUUUACUCGGCAUCGGGUUAUAUCGCUGUGUUAUCGUGCAUUUGUUUUGUCUUGGCCUUUCUCGCACGGAAGCUGCCAGAUAAUUUUAACGAGGCAAAGUGUAUAACUUUCAGCAUGCUCAUCUUUUGUGCGGUUUGGAUCACUUUUAUUCCGGCUUCUGUGAGCUCUCCUGGGAAAUACACGGUGGCAGUUGAAGUGUUUGCCAUCCUGGCCUCUAGUUUUGGAUUGCUGCUUUGCAUUUUUGCACCCAAGUGUUAUAUUAUGGUCAUCACUCCAGAGAAAAACACAAAGAAGCACAUUAUGGGUAAAGUGGGAUGA